AUGGAGCUCUCCGUUCGAGACAUCAGCUACGCACUCGAGGCCUUGGGCGGAGAGCCGGCGGAAGACCUCAACGACGUUAUCCCGAUGUUGCUGGAGGAGGUACUGCAGCACGUCCUUGCCAUGACCCCUCAGGAUGCCUUGCGGCUGCUGAAGGCGAUGGGGAAGUUUCCGCGUGCGUUGAGGCCUCCCGAAGUCGAGAGCGUCGUCAUCGCCGAGGUGAUGCGCGAGCUACGUGCUCUGGCACCACGUCAGCUCUGCGACGUGGUGGAUGCGUUCCGACGGCUGCGGCUAAAGGACCCGGCUAUCCUUGAGAACCUCGGUGAGGCCUUCGCCAGCCAAGUCGAGCGCUUCACCCCCGAGCAGUUGGCUACCUGCCUCCAUGGUUUGGUCGCGCAGGGCGUGAGAGACCCACCCAUCUUCAUCGCUGCAGCUCCGAAAAUCGUGCAGGAUUUCGUCGGCUUCUCACACAGAGAUUUCUGCCUCUGCCUGUGGGCCUUCGCCAAAGCAUCGCACAAGGAUGGACCGCUCAUAAAGCGCCUUGAGAUGUUCUACAAGGAGAGCAAAAACAGUCGGCAGCUCACACCCAGCGACGUAUCGAUGCUCCUCUGGAGCUUCAGCCGAUUCGCCUGGGAGUUACCUCCCGAGGUACUGGGACGCUUCACCCACCAUGCAGCCCUGGAGUGUCAGAGCUACUCCGAGCGGGGUCCUCGAAAGAGACGUGCUCUGGACGCGGCCAAAGCUCCCGAUUUGCCGCCCAUGGCCGACGACUUGGGUCCGGCAGUGAUCGAGCCGGCGCCCCCUCCAGAGCAGGUGACGGAACUCGUAGAACGACCUCGGGCGGCACUGGAUGCAAGUCCGGGCAAGGCGCAUGGUGCUGCCAGCGCUGAUUUUGAGACGGCAGGUGUACCGACCUCUGUGCUGCAACAGAUCAAGCAGGACAUCCUCCACAGACUCGACAGUCAAGACGUCGUGCUGCAACAGCUCCUCCAGCGAGCUGAGCGACAGCGAAUUCUCGUACCGAAGCGGGCCGGCACGACUGGCACGGCGGAGAGUUCCAAGGCCUCGGCGUCUCCGAAGCAACGGGGCUCAGAGCUCGAUAACAUCGCAGAGGACUCGCCGAAUUUUUACGAUGAAGCCCCGCUUGCGGAAUCGAAGGCUGCGUUGUUCAGCACUUUCACGAGUGACAAUCUGGCACACCUGGAUGCUGCUUACAACGCAGACGCCGGCCGCUCGCGCGAUAGAUUCAAGGACGCGAAGAGUUUCACAAGCACCGCUUCUCCUCACAUGCGAUGUCUGCAAAGGAUGGUGAAGAACACCAGCUUCGACAUCUUCUGCGCCUUUGUGGUGGUCUCCAACUCGAUCUUUCUAGGCAUCGAGGUACAAGCGAGUAUCGACGGGAACGGCGCCGCUCCCCCGGAACUCGACAUCGCGCGCUACAUCUACACUGCAUGGUUCAUCAUUGAGCUUGCCUUACGAAUGGCAGCUGAUGGCCCGCGACAGUACUUGUGUUCGGAUGACUGGGCCUGGAGCGCACUGGAUGUUUUCGUCGUUACCACUUCAAUCUGGGAGUUGGUCGCAGACAUCAUGUUUCUUCUCCUUAACGAUGACGUCGGCAACGUUGCGAGCGUCUCAGGGUUACGAGCGUUCCGCAUCAUACGGAUCACGCGAGUUGUGAAAGCUGUAAGAUUGAUGCGUGUCUUCCGCUUUGUCAUGGCAUUCCGCACAUUGAUAACGUCCAUUUUAUACACAUUGAAGUCCCUGUUUUGGGCACUCAUGCUUCUCAUUGUGAUCGUCUACGUUUUCGGAGUUCUUUUCACGCAAGCUGUCAACGACUUCCUGAUGGACAAUGCUGCGGCCAUGCCUUUGACAAAGAGCGACGAGGAGUUGGCCAGAAACUAUUUCGGAUCUCUGCAAGAUGCGAUGCUGAGUCUCUUCAUGAGCAUUGCUGGCGGCGUCAGCUGGGAAGCAGUUAUACGACCCCUUCGUGCGGUGUCUGAAUUUUGGGGAGCUCUGUUCGUAUUCUACAUCAGUUUCACAUUGUUUGCCGUCCUGAAUGUCGUGACAGGAGUUUUCUGCCAAAGUGCGAUUGAAAGUGCGCAGAACGAUCAUACGGCCGUGGUCCACUCGAUUCUGAAAAACAAGAAGGCCCAUGUUGACAAGAUCAAGGCUUUGUUCUCCCAGCUGGGAGACGAAAAGACUGGCGCCAUUACUUUUGCCAUGUUCGAGGAGAAGAUUCAUUCACCCGCCGUUCAGGCGUAUUUCGAAGUCCUGGGCCUGGAUGUUUGGGAUGCUUGGUCCUUCUUCAAACUGCUGGACCUGGACAACGGCGGCGAAGUGGAAGUGGAGGAGUUUUUGAUGGGCUGCUUGCGGCUCCGGGGACCUGCCCGUGCCAUCGAUGUGGGCAAAGUCAUUCACGAUCAGUCCUGGCUGAUGCGAAACCAAGGCAGAUUUUUCACGUAUGUCGAGGCCGAGCUGAAUCGGAUCGUCAAGCAGUUGGCGGCCCUCACGGGAUCUCCCGUAGGCUCCAUGGAGAUGGCGACGAUGGAAUCAGCUGCCGAAGGUGCUCAGCCAGCGAAGGUCGAAAAGGCUGACGAGCCCAAGGACGAGGAGGAGGCUAGUAAAGCCAUCUGA